GCCAGAUCCCGACGCGCGAGGCGUGCGACCCCAAAUUCGACCGCACGGGCGGGGGUAUACUGGAAACCACCUUUGCGCCCUGCGCGCUCGACAUCGAGCUGAAUUGGCCCACCUGGGUGCCCACGGACUGCUGCCACGCCAUCGCCGACGUGACGAAGAUCGAGCGCGGAGGAGAGCUCGCAGGAU